GUGAACACAGCUUCUCGGCACCAAUUUGUAGUCUUUCGAUGAUGCCAAGGCCUUCAAGUUGUAAGGCACUUUGAAGCCACUAACUCAACUUGUGGCAUUAUAGAGUUUUUUUUCGACGUAUGUCACAUAGCCCACAGUAUCUGUGUCUCGGUAUCACCGAAAGCCUCAGUGACAAUGCCAGCAUCAUGAUAUCGAGCGAACUUAAGACGUAUCCAUGGAGCUGGUAAAGGUUCAGCCUUCCAAGUCAUCCCUGGUACAUCCCUUGUACAUCCCCCCAUUACAACCAUGACUUCAAGAGGCAUCCCGCUCGAUGUGGCUGCUAUAAUGUCAAUUGCACUGGAAGGUAUUCUAUAUGGGUUCUCCAUCCUCAUGUUUAUAGGUACCAUUUGGGCGCUGACCUACAAGCGUCGCCUGCGAGAGGUCAAUCGCCUAAUUGUUGCAGUGACCGUCAUGUUAUUAAUACUGAGCACCGCACACAUGAUCGUAGACAUCAUUCGCCUUGAAGAUGGAUUGGUAAAAUACCGUGACACAUUUCCUGACGGGCCCGCGGCAUUCUUCGCGGACGUGUCCCAAAUUACAUAUGUGAUCAAGAAUGCGAUAUAUAUCUCGCACACUCUGCUUGGCGAUGGGGUUGUGAUAUACCGCUGUUACGUUGUUUGGCAAUCUGCUCGGAUCGUUAUUCUGCCAAGUAUACUGUGGUGCUGUAGUGCAUUGACUGGCUUUUCUGCAGUCUACAGUGUUUCGCAAGCCACUAGCAAUGCUGGAAAUAUCUUCACGAAGGCGACUGGACAGUCCUUCUUCGCUUUGACACUUUCGACCAAUUUAAUAAGUUCUGGUUUACUGGCAUAUCGCAUCUGGAAGAUUGAGUGCAACGUCUCUGCAUUACGCACUUCAAAAAGAACCUUAACGCCCAUAUUGCGGGUUCUCGUGGAUGCCGCCAUUUUGUACUCUGUGGUGCUCUUCCCCACACUCAUCUGUUUCGUCUGUUCGAACAAUGGGCAGUAUGUUAUGCUAGACAUGCUCGUGCCGAUCAUCUCAAUUGCUUUCUACAUGGUGCUCGUUCGCGUCGCGAUCAGUCAACACGCUCAAGAUUACGUCUUGACGACUUUCCAUAGAGGGACGACGACAGAACAAGAAACCUUGCCUCCUGUGAAGCCUUUGCGGGUGCAUAUAUCCCGUAUUACUCAAAUUGACGAUACCUCGGCUCACGACAUGGAGAGUGAGAACCUACCAUCGACAUACAAGGUAUAUCCUGUUGAAGAGCAAUCUUGCGCCGUGUAAACUAUUGUAACAUUUAUCGCUUCUUUCUAUGUUUCCAACAUUAUCAAUGAACAGAGUUUCCACAAUUGUCUUUA